AUGCAUUGUAUGGCUAUUUAUUUAUUAUUAUUAAUCUAUACAGCAAUUUUAAUUUUAUCAAAUAUUCAAACACUAUUAGGAGAUUUAUAUAGCUAUGAUUUUGAUUCUUCGUGGUGUAUAUUUUUGGGAUAUUUUUCUCCCGUAGUUCUAACAACUUUAUAUUGGUGUUUUGCAUUCUAUCGUUUCUGUCGAGUUGUCUAUUCACCUUAUAGAUGGCUUCAAUAUAUGUGGGUAUAUAUUAUUAUGGUUCCUAUAGAAUUUCUUUUGAUCUGUAUUCUUUUCUAUCCAAUUCUUUAUUGGCAUGAUGUGGUUUAUAUACCAAAUGAACAUUAUUGUUACGUACCAUAUACACAUUUUCGUGGUAUUCUUUGGCUUGCAUUUAAUUGUUAUGGAAUUCCUACAACAUCAUUAUCAUUGAUUUAUUUACGUAUUACAAUAUAUCUUCGUCGACAAACAAAUAAUCAAAUACUUGCAAUUAAACAACGACAAGAUCGAGAUUUACUUGUUAUACGACGUAUUCUAAUAACUAUUGGUUUAUUAUUAGCUCUUGGAAUACCAGGUGUUGUUUUUCUAGUAAUGUUACAUAUUACAGGUGAAGAAUAUCCACUUCUAUUACGAAUCGAAUGGUUUUUUGUUAGUUUAUCAAUGAUUGGAUUAAGUAUAUCUACAGUUUUUUUUACAUCACAAUUAAAACAAAUUAUUUUUAAAAAAUUCAAAAACAAUCGAAUAAUAGUAAUUCAAAAUGAAGCCAUCGCUCGUACAAUUCCAAUGAAUGAUAUGUAA